AUGUCAGUGGUUCAACAAGGACAAGUGACUCCAUCAACCCCAUCCAAACGUAAAUCGUUUUCUAUUCUUACACCUAUAUCCCCAAACAGAAUGCUACAACACCAAAGAUCGUUAUUAAAGUCGCCCGAGAAACGAGAAAGGAAAAUAAGUGAAUCCACUGGAUUGGCAAAGUUUUCUUUAGCCAACUCCCCAGCCAAAAAGGACUUCUUCAAUAAGUCAGAGAGUAAUACCAAUACAACCCCAAGGAGUGGCCUUCCUGUAUAUGUUCCUAUACGCUCUCCCCCAUCUGAAUUAAACACACCUCCAAGAACAAUGGAUGAUUUACAAACAGAACUGAGAAGAUUAUUAGAACAAUACACCACGAAACAAGCACAAUUGCAUGAAUACGAAAGAUUAGUUGAAGUUAAGAAGAUGCAAUUAUUAGAAUUGACUCAGAAAAUUGAAGCGAUUAAACGUGAAGAAGUUAUCCUUUCCAAGCACGGUAAUGGGGAUAUUUACAAGCAAGCCCACCUUGAGACUGAACGUGAAUUAAACAAAUUGAAUAUCGUGUCUACUGCUGAAAAUAAUGAUAAGGAAAAUAAUAGACCUAGUUUGACUAAACAAGUGAGUCAAGUGUUUGAAGUCAAAACAUCGACGAUCAAGAAACAAGCCUCAUUCAUAAUGAACCAAGCCUUUGAUGAUUUGAACCACAAUGUAAAGAAAAGCACAAGCACGAUUUUCUCACCCCAGAGAAAUGAAGAUUUCAAACAGUUGAUUCAACAAUCAAAUGUCAAGUUUGAUGAUUUGGCCAAACAAACUUCCAAAUUUUUCAAUGACGUGACUUCCAAUUUCAACGAUAAUAUCUUCAAUUUCAACAAGAAUAAAAGCCCUUCCAAGAUAUCGGAAAGUUUUGUUGCCGAUAGUUCAUUUAUUUUUGACAAUUUAAAGGAAAGCUUACAGGAUGAAAUUGAUACCAAUAGCAUUAUAUAUGAACGGUCAUUUGAGGAUUCUCAGGAACAUAUAGACAUAGAUGACUACGAUUCAUCAUUUGAUUAA